AUGUUUUCAGAUAUUGAAAGAAUACCUGGUCCUGUUCAAAACAACAGUUCCACUAGACUGUCAUCAAAGGCUGCAACGCUUUCAUUAUAUUUAAGACCAUUUGAUGUUGGUGGUGAUGGCGACUGCCUUUUUCGAGCUGGGUCUCAUCAGUUGUAUGGUGACCCUGAUCACCAUCUACAAGUUCGAGCAUUUGGCAUUGCUUAUAUGAGGGCUAAUCCUGAGAGAUUCAUUGAAAGUAACACUGAAAACUCAUGGCUAGAAUACCUCAAUAUUAUGUCCAUGCAAGGGUCAUGGGGUGAUGCUAUGAUUAUACAAGCUGUGGCUGAUCAGCUGAAGUUAAAGAUAGUCAUUAGUGAGACACAUGAACAAUUUCCUGAAUCCAUUAUAGUACUGGGAUAUUCACCAACAGAUCAACUUAGAGAUAUUUAUUUAGGUCAUAUAGAUGAGUAUCAUUAUGUAUCAACUUUGCCAUCAGGUACUUCUUAA